CGACGCUACGACAUCCCCACCAGCAUCAGCACCUUGCUCCACUACCACCUCUCUAGCUGCUUCUCGAGUCGUGUUCGCACGCGCCAUUUGAACCAUGGCGGCAGCUAACAAGCAAGGAAAGAUGCAAAAUCUCAUCAACUACCGCAUGCGCGCCACACUCAAUGACGGUCGUCAAAUGGCCGGUCAGAUGCUGGCAUUCGACAAGCACAUGAAUCUCGUCCUCGCCGACACCGAGGAGUUCCGCCGCGUGAAGCGCAAGUCGACCAAGUCCCAAGCCCCCGGCGCCGCCGCCGCUCCCCUCGUCGAGACGGAAGAGAAGCGCACGCUCGGCCUCACCAUCGUUCGUGGAACCCACAUCGUUUCCUUGUCAGUUGAAGGACCGCCUCCCGCAGACCCCUCCGCAAGGCUUGGAGCGGGCGGCCCCGGUGGUGCUGCUGCUCCGGCGACGUUGGCGACAGGACCAGGUAUCAGCAGGCCCGCUGGCAGAGGUAUGCCGGUUGGCCUGACUGGCCCUGCGGCGGGCGUUGGUGGCCCUGGCCCUGCUGGUUUUGGCGCGUUCCCUCCUACGGGUGGUUUCCCUGGUGGUCCCCCAGGCUUCCCUGGUCGUGGUGGCCCGCCGGGCGGUCCGCCUGGCUUCCCUCCUGCCGGUUUCCCCGGCGCCCCAGCCCCCUUCCCUGGCGGUCCUCCUGGCUUCCAGGCUCCUCCUGGUGCUGGCAGGGGCUUCCCGCCUGGGUUCGGCAGAUAGACGGGUUGGUGCUAUGAAUGUGUUGAUUUGAAAUCAAAACUCGUCGAGGAGGAAGCAUUGACUGCAAAAAGUUGGCUGCGAUGCAUCGAAGACAGCGGGGAGCAGAACGAAGCCGAGCAUGGAUGCAGAAACUCAUGCCAGGCGUCCCAGCCUGACAGCACGCUCGCCCUGCGGGUAGUACGAUGGACAUUACUGAGGGGAGGGACAUGGAGGGCGUUUAGGGACAAGACUUGCUGCUUCGGACAAAAGCACAGCAGUAUAGCAUAGGCGAUAAUCAAGAUGCCAUGAACGAAUUGCCCA